AUGCUUGAACCCGCCAUCCCGCCGCAUCUUCAGCGUGAGAGGACCCAGCCCUCGAAGCUGCCUCCGGACUACACCCCGCCCUUCCCUGCCUACUGUGCCCGCUUCCCCUCGUCGGCCAAGGACCUAGUCGUGGCCGUCAUCGGUGCGCAGUUCGACCACCGCGCCGACGCCGACAACAGCCCCACCCUGUCGACGCUCGCCGGGUUCCUCCUCCCUCGUCCUUCCCACGACACCACCGACAACUCCGCCGCCGCUGCGCGCCCAUCCUUCUCCGAGCUCGCCGCCGUGACCGACAACCGCGGCUUCUACAACACAUACCAGCGCUGGGCCGCGACGAACGGGUUCCAGGCAUGGUGGGACGACCUGGACCAGGAAGAAGAGCAGGGAGACGGGAAGGGCGAGGAGAAUAACACGCAGCAGCAUCAUCCGCCGCCGCACGGUUGGUUUCGCGAGAUCUUCUUCCCCACCAUGGACCGGUUCGAGACCGUCUUCUCAAACGCGGACGUCCCCGAGGGCGCAGCGUACAUGAGGGAGGCGGUCAGCGGGCCCGUGAGCGAGCACGUCUACUGGGGUAGCACGCGGCACCGGCUGCCGGCUGCGCAGGCGGACGCGCUGGUCGGAGAGAAGGCGAAGAAUCUGACGGUGAUACGGUCUGGGCAGGACUGGUUGGACACGUAUCCGGAGGAGCGGGAGCUGUACCUGGGCACGAUGCACCCGGUGCUGGAGAAGGGGAUGGAGUAUCUGCGGGAUCACGGCGGAGAGUUUGGGUGCUACAGUUGCCAUUUCAUGGAUAUCGUCGACGAGGCCACGCUGCGGCUGGACAAGAUGGAUCGGACCUUUGGCCUCGCCUACUUCGACGACUUGGCAUCGCUUGAGCGCUGGAGUAGGGAGCACGUCACGCAUCUAGACAUCUUCGGUGGGUUCCUGAAGUACGCAAAGAAGCUGAACGAUAACAUCACGCUGAGGUUGUUUCACGAGGUGCUGGUGUUGCAGCCAGAACAGCAACUCUUUGAGUACAUCGGCUGUCACGAGGGGUCGGGGGGACGGGGAUGUUGCUGUCUUUGA